ACAAGAGAUCCCUCUACCUUGCAAAACCAUGGCACAGUAUCGCAGCCAAUGACAGUCAAAACAAUAUUUCCAGAGGAGUCCUUUGUAUGCCUUUUCAUAGCCACACACACCCCAACUAACUUUCAAUGCUGACGGGGCUCAUCCAGCGGCUAAACUACAAAGAACCAGUUCAGGCGCUGGGAGAACGACUGGCAAGAGGUACGCGACGUGCCCGGAGACUUCGCCUCGAGACUGCUCAGGUCUGCACGGGUUCUGCCUCGCACUGCCGCGAGCGCCACGGGCCCCGCCCCUUCCGCCGAGACGACCAACCGCCGCCAUCAGGCAGACCAACUUCUGCAGCAAACGAGGAAAGCAGGAAGCGCAUGACAGCCCUCCCCUCCGUCCUGUCGGAGAUGGCAGACCUCCAUCGCCAGCUGCAGGACUACCUGUCGCAGGGAAAGGCGGGCAGGCAGGCGGACGCGGAGCCUCUGCUCGCUGCGGGGACUGCUAAAGAGCCCGCGGACGGGGUCGGACCGGCGGGAGCGUGGCUUGGCCGCGCCGGCCUGCGGUGGGCGUGGACGCGGAGUUCCUCAGAGCCGGCGGCUGCAAGCCAGGCGUGCUUGCCGAGCGUGACGCGCGGGCAGCAGCUGGCCGCGGGCGGAGCAUGUCUGCUACUGGCCACCCUCUGCUUCGGCCUGGCGGCGCUCUACGCGCCAGUGCUGGUACUGCGCGCGCGCAAAUUCGCACUGCUCUGGUCGUUGGGCUCGGCUUUGGCUCUAGCCGGCGGCGCGCUACUGCGGGGCGGAGCGGCGUGCGGGCGUCUGCUGCGCUGCGAGGAGACGCCUUCCAGACCCGCACUGUUCUACGCGACCGCGCUGGGAGCCACGCUGUACGCGGCGCUGGGUCUGCGCAGCACGCCGCUCACGGCCUUAGGCGCCUGCGCGCAGGUGGCCGCCCUGCUGGCCUUACUGGCUAGCCUGCUACCCUGGGGCGGUGGCACUGCGCUGCGCCUGGCGCUCGGCCGCUUGGGCCGCCGCGCAGGUCUCGCUAAUGCGCUCCCGGUGUGAGCCCGCGACAGAGAACGACGUGGACCCUCCCCAGAACCCGGCGCCUGCGGAGCCAAAGACUGCACCCGUCGGUUCCUGGACUGUACCACCGCAAUACGUCCUGAGGACACUGCCGCUAAGGGUGAAGGCGUAAUCUAGACAGUGCUGGCGAGUGUAAACCUUGAGCAGCUGUUUCAAACUGAGACACCAGCAGUUUCGGAUGGUCUUGAUCUCAUCUUUUCGUGCUAUAGUGGGUAGCAUGUGCUCUGAAAAGGAAGUUCUGCGGUUGAAUUGGUGACAGUAUGCUAUGAAGCUGCCAUUAGAAGUUGUUUUUGCACUGUGGUUUUAGAUUAAGUUGAGUAAAAAGGGAAUGGCUCUUUGCAUUAGCUGUUUUUGUGGUUUUUCUCAGGCUUAACUUUUUCUUUUGUUACUUUUUUUUUUUAAUCCAGUGGUAGAUGGAGUUGAGCUACAAUAGCUUUUUUUUUUUUUUUUGGCUGUACCUAAGACUUGUAAAUUAUUUUCCCUUAAUGUUCAGUAUAAAUGAAUCUCAGAAGAGUAUCAGAUUAAGUAUUACAUCUAAUCACUGGAUUUUAAAAAGCAAUUAGUUAAGAUGGUUUACCUCGGUUUUUUCCUUAAAGAGAAAUUAUAAAUUUGGUGCCUUAUGUAACAUUAAAGGAAAAUUGGUCCUGAAUUAGAUAUGUAAGCAGUGGAACAAAAUACUUUUUUUGUAUAUCAGAAAUCAAAUUGCCUGAUAUCCUGUAAGAUGCCCAUAAACCCUUGGAGGGGACUCGGUGCAGAACUGGGCUAGCAAAUCCUGGGAUCAGGAAGGUAAUUAUACAUCCAGAAUUCCCAUAUUUGAUGGAAAUGAUGAAUUUCUGCAGACUAUCAUUUCUAAUUGUAUUUCCUUUUUAAAACAGUGUACAAUUUCUUUUCUUCUACUUUAGUUGUAGAUGGACACAAUACUUCUAUUUAUUUUUAUGUGGUGCUGAGGAUGGAACCAGUGCCUCACACGUGCUAGGCAAGUGCUCUAGCACUGAGCUACAACCCCAGCUCACAGUUUACAAUUUCCAUGGUGAUCCUAACACAGUGUAAGAUGCUUUUCAAUUGUAAUUGUUGUAUUUCCUUCAAUUUAGGCUCAGUGCUUACUUUUACUUACCUUAGUUUAUUGCCAGAAAGUGAGGAUCCAGAAAAACUACAGGUUUUGUCAAUAGCUAUAAACUAGUAAAAUAUACUCUGUGCCAGUGGUUCUCACACUUAACUGGCACAUCAGAAUUACUUGAAGAGCAACACUUCAGAUAAAUUCAUUCAGAAUCUCUGGAAGUGGGAUCAGGCAUUGACAUUUUAUUAAAGCUCCCCUGAUGAUUCCAUGUUCAGCCAAGGUUGAGGAAAGACCAAAGGUGCAUUGGCUUGCACAGUUUGAAAUAAUUGUUUUUUGGGACUGGAUUCCAGUGUUGCCCAAUAUUGUGUCAAUCAGCAAAAGAGCCCUGCUUCUUCCUCCAGCCUGGCUAAAUGUACAUUUUCUGCCCUAGUAAUGCUCUGAGCCCUUCCCCAAGAUGUGAUACUGACUUAAGUGAUCAACAGGUGGACUUGUGAGCUACCACCCUGCUUAGAACUUAGUAAUACCACCUCUUCCCCUAUUAGUACAUAGGGUUACCUACCUCAAAGGGGUACUUUCGAGUUUUCAGGGGUAAGUUAUAUUUUUAGUGGGAAAGACCUAUGCCAUUGACUGUUCUUUCUAGUCCCCUAGUUAAAUUUCUGUUCUAGUUCUCUACAAUUUGCAUGGAUGAAGAUUUUUGUGUUUAACACAUUUUUAUGUUGAUGCUAUUAUAGUUCUUUAGCCAGGAUGUUACAAAUUCUUUUUCCAUCCUGACAUAGUAGUACAUGCCUGUAAUCUCAGCUAUGCAGGAGGCUGAGGCAGGAGAAUCUCAAAUUCAGGGUCAGCCUGGGCAACUUAGCAAGACCCUGUCUCAAAAUAAAAAGGAAUGGGUAGUGAGGCCCUAAGCAACUCAGUGAGACCCUGUCUCUAAAUAAAGUACAAAAAAGGACUGGGGACAUAGCUCAGUGGUAGAAAGCUUGCCCAGCAUGCCUGAGGCCCUGGGUGGAUCCCUAGUACAGCCAAAAAAAAGUUUCCAGCAUUUUCUCAAUUCAUUGAAAAUCUAGUUUUUAAAAAAUUCAAACCACCAUAUCUUGUAUUUAUUUGGACAGUGAUGUUUUAAAAUGCCAUAUAUACUAUAUUUCUGAGUAUUUUAAUAAAGGUAUACUGUCAAGA